GAAGUUUCCGGUAUUCGACACAUGCUACUGCUUUCAGCCUCUAUAGGGUUUUCGAGGUUCUUCCUCGCUGCUCUUAUGGUUUUUGGUCUGAUAGCUGUUUUGUGGUUGGCUUCUUCAUUUAUCGAAUAUAUAGCACCGGAAAAAUCCUUAUCAAUUUCAGAGUGAGGGUCUCCGAUUAAUUAAUAGUAAGGAAAGCAUGGUUUGGGGUUUCUUCCCCGCCGACCCCCUCUCAGGUGAGGAUACAUACUAUAUCUUUGCUACAGGAACUUACAAAGUGGGUCGGAAAGGUUGUGAUGUAAAUAUUGCAAAAGACAAAGGAGUUUCUAGGGUCCAUGCAGAAAUAAUUGUUGAUUCAAUGAUAUCAGCUCUCCCUCGGCAAACUAAAUAUUCUGUUUUAUCCUCCAAAGUCCGAAUUAGAGAUUGCUCAAAAUAUGGAACGUAUAUUAACAAGAACCUUACAUCAGUGGAGAAGAUUCAUGAGUUACCGAAUAAAGAAACAUCAUUGAGAGAUGGGGACAUGGUUUCAUUUGGAACUGGUACUGCUGUCUUCAGAUUUUCCUUUGUUCCCCUUAUUUUGUUUGCAUGCUGCCCGGAAAAAUCUCAAGUGAAUCAUCCUCUUCAAGAGAAAAUUUCAUCAAUCGGUGCUCGCAUCACCUAUCAUUGGAGUCAGGAGUGCACGCAUGUGCUUGUUGACCAAGUCAUGCCAAUGAAAGAAGAUCUACUGGAUGGUAUUAUGGAGAAGAAACCUUUCGUAGUUGGAAGUUGGGUUGAGUUUGUUGCAGAGAAGAACAUUCUCACUGAGUUUCCUAGUUACACACCCUUUUCUCCAACAAUGACCGUGGAAGGAAUAUCGGUCAAACUUGCGGACCCAAGAAGUCGAGAAAACUGUUUAAAAGGAUAUACAUUUUUGUUGGACUCAACACUAGUGUAUAAAUUCGGUGAUCGGUUGCAGUCCUUACUAGAAGUCAGUGGUGCAGAGAUUCUUUUAAUUGAAGGAUUUAAAUCAAAAAGCCAAAUCCCAGAUUGCGCAGUCAGUGAUCGUGUUGUGUGUGUUGUCCCAGAACGGGUGUCCGAUGAUUGCUCUGAUAAGCUUGGUUCACUAUUACGAGUAAAUGAACUGGGCUUAUUAUGUGCCAUAUUGAAUGGACGGCUGGAUCCAUGUCUGUUAAAAUCACCUUGCGUAGUUGUCUCAUCUUCAUGCUCCACAGAUGAAACUGUGGUAGCUGAUUCUGAUGUAGAAGAAACAGCCACAUCAGUUCUGGCAACUGCAACUGUUGGCACUGGAGUUGUUGAAAAUGUGCCCCAUGCAGUUACCAAAUCGGAGAAUAACUUUGUCAUGAGCUCUAGACGCAGUAGUGACAUAUCCACCAUAAGAGGCAAGCUUGAUGAUUCUGAAAGUGGGAUUGCUGAUAUUAUUUAUAGCCAAGAUUUGAUUGCACGAGAUAAGAGCAUACCUUGUACCGUUGUGACUAGUGCAAACAACAGAUUCAUAAAUUUCAAACGCUUCAGAAAGACAAAUAUUCAGUCUGGGAAUAGCUUCAACAAUCUUAUUCCAUUCUCCAAGGACCCAUAUAAUGAUUCUGACUAUGGGAGUGAGGAAGUGGUUCAGUCUGUGAAGGACGAGAAAAUGAGAAAGCACAUGGAAGCCAUCUCUGAAGAAUUAUUUAAUAAUGAACAGGGUCGACGUCGUGGUGUAGCUGGUUCUCUUCGUGGGAUUCUUAGUCAUGGAAAAUGAUGGAACCACCAGCUCAAAGAGAAACAGAAGAGGUCAGUGUGACUAUAUGGUUUGUGGAUGAGUAAAAACAGUGUGUUUUUAUUCCCAUUGGUGGUUGAUCUGGUGGAAAGAGCAAGGGAGAUGCAGUUGAUAGAAGGCUUGGGAGUAGGAAGAGAAGGCAUGGAAAUUUCUCAUUUGCCGCUUGCGGAUGAUAAAAUCCUUUUCCUUUACUAUGAGAAUUAGCCAGCUUCCCACACUGCAGCCUAGAAAGGGUCUCUUUGCCAUGCUGGCAUUAAAAGUAAGUAAGGGCUACACGCAAAUGGCUGGGAUACCAAUUUGUAAUCCAAGGUUCAAGCCGAAGUCUGUGGAAAACUCUUAUCACAAGGAAUUAAAUCCUUUUCUGCUUGUUGCAAUUUUGUGGUGGGAAAUGGGGAAAGAGUGCGGUUUUUGGAAGAUAGAAAUAGGUAGAGGUCAUCUUUAAGAUUGCUAGGAAGUGUGUUAGUGCUUAUAUUUUUCCUUUGAGUCGUGAUUUUGAUGAAUUUGAAUG